CGGCGGGCGGGUGCGUGAGUGCCGUGGCCGUCGGCGCCCUCCUCCUCCUCCUCCUCCUCCUCCUCGCCGCCCCUUCCCCGCGGCGCGGCCGCCCGGGAAGGCGGCGGCGCCUCCGCCCGCGACAGUGAGUGCAGAGGAUCUUGAAAAGUCACCAGGGCCCUUACGUGUGGUCUCCUAGACCAGUCUCCAGGAAGGAGACAACUAGGAGAAGCAUGCAGGGUCCGUACCGCAGUUUGGAUUGCGAGAUGCUAUGUGUUAAGGAGGUCAAAGGUAGUCUGUGAAGUGCUGGAUUUGACCUUGUGUCCAUCUUUUCUGGUAUGCUGGCUCUGGCAUUAGUCAGUGCUUUUUACUGGGGUGCACGUAUCGCAGCCUUCCCUGAAGCAGACGAGACUCAGUCUUUCUAUGGAAGCUCUCCUGCCGUUUCCAUCUAGUCGGUUGUCAGCUGUAACUGGUUCUUUUAAUCUCUUGUAGUAAAUGUCAGGUGAGGAGCUGACAGUUCUGUAGGUACCAAUUUUCCAUUUAUCCACAGUCUAUGUAAUACAUGAAUGGGUACUGCCUGCCUGCCAAUGACCACUGCUGUCAAUCCAACUUAGUCUGUGCUUUUCUGUGUUUCUGGAGGGAUUCUGCCAGUAUAAUUUAUCUGUAGAUUAUAAAGGAUAGGGUGGCAGUGAAUUAAAGUCUACAUUAAAUUUAUUAGCUGUACUUUAAAUAUUUGAUCACAGUGAGGCUAAAGAUUCAAGUACCCGUGUGAUGUGCUAUGACUACGCUUUACAAAUGGCCACGGUGCUUCCACAGGAUCAGAUGUAAAAAUUUCCCUUACAUUUGUGAGAAAACUGUAACUGUAUGGAUACUGUAUUUCAAGCCUAAAUAUUGUGCAUUAUUUAUAAUGUAGGAAAGGAACAUGCGACUCCAGAUGACAGAGGGAUAGAAAAGGAUUAAGAUCACCUCCUUGGUAAACAUGCACGAGAGCUGGGGGGAGGCGUAAACCGCACGUGGGCCAGAGCAGCGCGACCUGUUCUGUAGACAGAGGAGAUGUGGAGACAGGACAGCUGGGGUAAAGGAUAGUGUAUAAAAGGUUAAAUGUGUACCUGCUUGUAUGCUGCCUCCUUUCCUGUGUGAUCUGGAGCAGCGGGUAUGAUGGGAUGCGAUGGAGCCCGUUCAGGCUGUUGUAACGCGGAAGAUGGGGCUUUGUGGGUUGCUCCUGCGCUGUUUUGAGCUCCUCAGCUGCCUUCAGCUCUCAUUUGCAGUGAAGCUUUUCACGCGUUAUUCCCUUCUUUGCUCUCCUUCCUGUACAUGUAUGAAGAGACAAGGCUAAAAUAAGGGCACACAAAUGUGUUCUGGGUAAAACUUGUCAUGCCUUUAUUUACUGUAGUACUUCCAUCGUGUUUAUGAAAUGAGCUUAAUGCUGCUUCAGGCAGAAUGAGGCCUAAUAUUCGUAUAUACGCAUCGACAACGGCUAUAUUGCUUAUCGUUCCUCUGCCUCUGUUCUCGCUGAAGAGUGAGAACAGGAUUUUGAAAAGUAUUCCAAGCAUCUGGUAAAAUCAGGACUCCAGGAGUUUAUUUUUUCCAGCAUUUGUUCAUGAGUGUUACAGAUUCACCAUGUUAUGAGCACUCCUAAAAAUCUGCCCCUAACUUACUGCAUGGACGAUGCCAUUGGGUUAAAUUGCUCUGCUUGCAAGUUAACAGGCUACCCAGUAUGGGUUGGGAUGGUGGACUCCAUCCUGGUAAGGUGUACUCGUUUGAGUAAAUUAUAUUUACAUUCUCUGCUCCCUUUGCGUGAUGGUCAUCCCCCCGCAAGUCCUCCAGAUGCGUCCCCGGGUACGUGGGAAUCUCCUCGUAGCAGAAUGUUGACUUAAUGAAUUUUGAGCAAGAGAAACACAACAUCAAAAGCCAAGGCGCACAGGGAGUAAGUGACUGGAAAUGAGAGCCCUUCAUCUGAAAAAACAGGACAACUAUUUCUCUGCUGUUUUGUUAAAGGAUUCCUUUUCUUCUCAGACGUGAAGAAAUCCCUGUAAGACAAACAUGCUACCAGCUACUAUCCAUGUUAGCUCCUUUUUGUGCUCAGCACGUCAAGAAAAGAAAAGGAAAAAAAAAGACUCACUGCUUUUCAAGGAUGCUGCUUCCUCUGUGGAUAUUUACAGGUUUCACAAAUGAGACUUGCAGCGUGUUGCAAAGGCAGCCAAGAAGGAACUGUAAUGGCUCUCCUGGAAGUUUUUCAAAAGCCACUCCCAUUGACUGCAUUGGACAUUAUAUAACACCCCCAAAGCCAAAAGCAAGAGGCAUAAGGACUUUUGGUGCAUGGAGGAAGACAUCUCUUACCUAGAGAUUUAACCUGUCUAAAGAUAUCAAGUUUUGGGGAUACACAAAGUGGAACAGGAUCGCCAUGUUUCGAAACAGUCUCAAGAUGCUUCUUACAGGAGGGAAGUCAAACCGCAAAAACAGGUCCAGUGAUGGAGGGAGCGAGGAGCCGCCAGACCGAAGACAGGCAAGUGUAGACUCCCGCCAGAGCCGAUCUGGGCAAGGCACCUCCACAGAGAACGACUGUGCUUUUGAACCCGACUACGCAAUUCCUCCACUCCCAGUGACCGAAGGUAUGCAGCACAUUCGGAUUAUGGAGGGCAUGUCCCGCUCUCUUCCAUCCUCCCCCUUACUCACACAUCAGUCUAUCAGUGUUCGGCUCCAACCUGUGAAGAAGUUAACUGCCCCUUUGAGGAAAGCAAAGUUUGUUGAGAGCCCUCGAAUCCCCGAAUCGGAGCUCGGCUCCCCGACGCUCUCGGCAGCGCCGAAACUGGACGUCGAUGCCUACAGCCCCGGUGAUACUGAGCAGGAGCUGGGACCCCCUCCAUCCGUCGAUGAGGCAGCGAAUACACUCAUGACUCGCCUGGGCUUCCUCCUGGGAGAGAAAGUCACGGAGGUACAGCCAGGGCCCCAGUACAGCAUGGAGGUGCAGGACGAGAACCAGACCUCGGCCGUGACGCAGCGGAUAAGUCCCUGCUCCACGCUGACCAGCAGCACGGCCUCGCCGCCGGCCAGCAGCCCCUGCUCCACCCUGCCUCCCGUCAGCACCAGCGUGACGGCCAAGGACUGCAGCUAUGGUGCCGUCACCAGCCCCACGUCCACCCUCGAGAGCAGAGACAGCGGCAUCAUAGCUACUUUGACAAGCUACUCCGAAAAUGUGGAACGCACGAAAUAUGGAGGGGAAAGCAGUAAAGAACUAGGGUCGGGAGGAAACCUGAAACCGUGGCAGUCGCAGAAGUCCAGCAUGGACUCCUGCCUCUACCGUGUGGACGAGAACAUGACGGCCUCCACCUACAGCCUGAACAAGAUCCCGGAGAGGAACCUGGAGACGGUCUUGUCCCAGUCGGUGCAGUCUAUUCCACUUUACCUUAUGCCACGGCCAAAUUCAGUAGCAGCCACCAGCUCGGCGCACCUGGAGGACCUGGCGUACCUGGACGAGCAGCGGCACACUCCCCUCCGGACGUCGCUGCGGAUGCCGCGGCAGAGCGUGGCGGGCGCCCGUGCCCAGCAGGACCUGCGAGUGCGCUUUGCACCUUACCGACCUCCCGACAUCUCUCUGAAGCCGCUGCUCUUCGAGGUGCCCAGCAUCACGACGGAGUCGGUGUUCGUCGGCCGCGACUGGGUGUUCCACGAGAUAGACGCGCAGCUGCAGAGCUCCAACGCCAGUGUGAACCGAGGGGUCGUGAUCGUUGGCAACAUCGGGUUCGGGAAGACCGCCAUCAUCUCCAGAUUGGUUGCCCUCAGCUGCCAUGGCACACGCAUGAGACAGAUUGCUUCUGAUAGCCCACACGCCUCUCCAAAACAUGCGGAUGCAAACAGAGAGCUGCCCUUGACGCAGCCGCCUUCCGCCCACUCUUCGAUCACCAGCGGGAGCUGCCCGGGGACCCCCGAAAUGCGCCGCCGCCAGGAAGAGGCCAUGCGGAGACUUGCUUCGCAGGUCGUCGCUUAUCACUACUGCCAAGCCGAUAACGCCUACACCUGCCUGGUGCCGGAGUUUGUGCACAACGUGGCAGCCCUGCUGUGCCGCUCGCCGCAGUUCGUCGCCUACCGGGAGCAGCUGCUGCGGGAGCCGCACCUGCAGAGCAUGCUCAGCCUGCGCUCCUGCGUCCAGGACCCCAUGGCCUCCUUCCGCCGGGGAGUCCUGGAGCCCUUGGAGAACCUGCACAAAGAGAGGAAAAUCCCCGAUGAAGAUUUCAUCAUACUAAUUGAUGGUUUGAAUGAGGCUGAAUUCCACAAGCCAGAUUAUGGGGACACCAUAGUCUCGUUCUUGAGCAAAAUGAUCGGAAAAUUCCCUUCCUGGCUUAAGCUGGUUGUGACGGUCAGGACAAGUCUACAGGAAAUAAUUAAGCUGUUGCCCUUCCACAGAAUUUUUUUGGAUAGACUGGAAGAGAACGAAGCCAUAGACCAGGACCUGCAGGCAUAUAUCCUUCAUCGGAUACACAGCAGCUCAGAGAUCCAGAACAACAUCUCGCUUAAUGGCAAAAUGGACAACACUACGUUUGGCAAGCUCAGUUCUCAUCUCAAGACCUUGAGCCAAGGGUCCUACCUAUACCUAAAACUCACUUUUGAUCUCAUAGAGAAAGGAUACCUAGUACUAAAAAGCUCCAGCUACAAAGUAGUCCCGGUCUCUCUGUCAGAAGUUUACUUGUUGCAGUGCAAUAUGAAGUUCCCAACGCAGUCUUCCUUUGAUCGGGUUAUGCCUCUCUUGAAUGUGGCAGUGGCAUCUCUGCAUCCAUUAACAGAUGAACAUAUUUUUCAGGCCAUUAAUGCAGGUAACAUUGAGGGCACUUUGGAGUGGGAUGACUUUCAGCAGAGGAUGGAGAACCUUUCUAUGUUUCUUAUCAAACGUAGAGAUAUGACGCGAAUGUUUGUUCAUCCCUCUUUCCGAGAAUGGCUUAUUUGGAGAGAAGAAGGAGAAAAGACCAAGUUUCUCUGUGAUCCUAGGAGUGGCCACACGUUACUUGCCUUCUGGUUUUCCCGUCAAGAAGGAAAACUAAAUCGACAGCAAACUAUUGAACUGGGACAUCACAUCCUCAAAGCACAUAUUUUUAAGGGGCUGAGUAAAAAAGUUGGGGUGUCUUCCUCCAUCCUGCAAGGGCUUUGGAUCUCCUACAGUACCGAAGGUCUGUCGAUGGCUUUGGCGUCACUGAGAAAUCUCUACACCCCAAACAUAAAGGUCAGUCGGUUGCUGAUUUUAGGAGGUGCAAAUGUAAAUUAUCGGACCGAAGUUUUGAACAACGCCCCGAUUUUGUGCGUCCAAUCUCACCUGGGUUACACGGAGAUGGUGGCUUUGCUCUUGGAGUUUGGGGCCAAUGUAGAUGCUUCUUCUGAAAGUGGCCUGACCCCGCUUGGGUACGCUGCUGCUGCUGGAUUCCUCAGCAUUGUCGUGCUGCUGUGCAAGAAAAGGGCCAAGGUGGAUCACUUGGACAAGAACGGUCAGUGCGCUCUGGUUCACGCUGCUCUCCGAGGACACUUGGAGGUGGUGAAGUUCCUGAUUCAGUGCGACUGGACCAUGGCUGGGCAGCAGCAGGGAGUGUUCAAGAAGAGCCACGCCAUCCAGCAGGCACUGAUCGCCGCGGCCAGCAUGGGCUACACGGAGAUUGUCUCCUACCUGCUCGAUCUUCCAGAAAAAGAUGAAGAGGAGGUGGAGCGAGCACAAAUCAACAGCUUCGACAGCCUUUGGGGAGAGACAGCCCUGACAGCAGCAGCAGGGCGAGGGAAGCUGGACGUCUGUCGUCUCCUCCUGGAGCAAGGAGCAGCCGUGGCCCAGCCCAACCGGCGCGGCGUCGUUCCGCUCUUCAGCGCCGUGCGACAAGGCCACUGGCAGAUUGUGGACCUCUUGCUCACGCACGGCGCCGACGUGAACAUGGCAGACAAGCAGGGGCGGACGCCGCUGAUGAUGGCUGCGUCCGAGGGACACCUGGGCACGGUGGAAUUUCUGCUGGCGCAAGGUGCCUCCAUUUCUCUGAUGGACAAGGAAGGACUGACAGCCCUCAGCUGGGCCUGCCUCAAGGGGCACCUCUCCGUGGUGCGGUCCCUGGUGGAGAACGGAGCUGCCACGGACCACGCCGACAAAAACGGCCGCACUCCCCUGGACCUGGCGGCUUUCUAUGGCGACGCAGAGGUGGUUCAGUUUCUGGUGGACCAUGGUGCCAUGAUCGAGCACGUCGACUACAGCGGGAUGCGCCCCCUCGACAGGGCCGUGGGGUGCCGCAACACCUCCGUCGUCGUCACCCUGCUGAAGAAAGGAGCAAAGAUAGGUUGUCAGACGUUACCGAGUCGCCCACGAGGUCCAGCAACAUGGGCGAUGGCAACCUCCAAACCAGACAUCAUGAUCAUCCUGUUGAGCAAGCUGAUGGAGGAGGGAGACAUGUUUUACAAGAAAGGUAAAGUGAAGGAGGCUGCCCAGCGCUACCAGUAUGCCCUGAAAAAAUUCCCCAGGGAAGGGUUUGGAGAAGACCUGAAAACCUUCCGGGAGCUGAAGGUGUCGCUCCUUCUCAACCUCUCCCGAUGUCGAAGGAAAAUGAACGAUUUUGGAAUGGCGGAGGAAUUUGCUACUAAAGCACUGGAGCUGAAACCGAAAUCUUAUGAAGCUUACUAUGCAAGAGCAAGGGCCAAACGCAGCAGCAGGCAGUUUUCAGCAGCCCUGGAGGACCUGAACGAGGCCAUCAAGCUGUGUCCGAACAACCGUGAGAUUCAGCGGCUGCUGAUGCGAGUGGAGGAGGAGUGCAGGCAGGUGCAGCAGCAGCAGCAGCAACCGCUCCCGGUGGAGCCCGAACCUGAAGCCCAGCAUGAAGAGCUCUAUUCCGUGCAAGACAUCUUUGAGGAGGAAUACCUCGAGCAGGAUGUAGAAAACGUUUCCAUUGGCUUGCAGACGGAGUCAAGGCCAAACCAAGGGCUGCCCAUCAUCCAGAGCCCACCGCCCUCCCCAGCUCACAGGGACUCGGCCUAUAUUUCUGGCUCGCCUCUUGGCUCUCAUCAGGUCUUUGACUUCAGGUCCAAUAGUUCAGUGGGUUCGCCAACCAGGCAAGGAUACCAGUCUACAUCUCCUGCUCUGUCUCCGACGCACCAGAACUCUCAUUAUAGACCUAGUCCUCCGCACACUUCCCCUGCUCACCAGGGCUCCUCUUACCGCUUCAGUCCACCUCCCGUUGGAAGUCAAGGGAAAGAAUAUCAAAGUCCACCACCUUCCCCUCUUCGCAGAGGUCCUCAGUAUCGCGCCAGCCCCCCUGCGGAAAGCAUGAGUGUUUAUAGGUCGCAGUCUGGUUCCCCAGUUCGUUAUCAGCAAGAACCUAGCGGUGUCAGCCAACUCCCCGGUAGACCAAAGUCUCCGCUAUCCAAAAUGACGCAGCGGUCUUUCCAGAUGCCCCAGCUUCCCGUUGCGGUGCCCCAGCAAGGGCUGAGGCUGCAGCCAGCCAAGGCGCAGAUCGUCAGAAGCAACCAGCCCAGCUCUGCAGUGCAUUCGAGCACUGUAAUUCCAACGGGUGCUUACAGCCAAGUUGCCCACUCGAUGGCCAGCAAAUACCAGUCGGCAGCAGGGGAGAUAGGGGUUAGUCAGAGUAGGUUGGUCUAUCAAGGCUCAAUCGGUGGAAUCGUAGGUGACAGUAGGCCGGUGCAGCACGUUCAGGCAAGUCUCAGCGCGGGAGCAAUUUGUCAGCACGGAGGUCUGGCUAAAGAAGAUCUUCCACAGAGGCCUUCCUCCGCGUACAGGGGUGGGAUGAGAUACAGCCAGACGCCUCAGAUUGGACGAAGUCAGUCAGCUUCCUAUUAUCCAGUCUGUCACUCGAAGCUUGAUCUGGAACGUUCUUCCCUCCCCUCCGGCCAGCUCGGCUCUCCAGAUGUGUCUCAUCUCAUAAGAAGGCCCAUUACAGUUAAUCCCAGUGAAAUAAAGCCUCACCCGCCAACUCCAAGACCACUGCUUCAUUCUCAGAGUGUUGGCCUCAGAUUCUCUCCUUCCAGCAAUAGCAUUUCAUCCACCUCCAACCUGACGCCCAACUUUCGCCCUUCUGCUUCUAUUCAGCAAAUGGAGAUUCCUCUCAAGCCAGCUUAUGACAGAUCGUGUGAUGAACUUUCUCCAGUCUCUCCAACUCAGGGGGGUUACCCCAGCGAGCCAGCCCGUUCCAGGACCACGCCGUUCAUGGGAAUCAUAGAUAAAACCGCUCGGACUCAGCAGUACCCUCAUCUCCAUCAACAGAACCGGACCUGGGCUGUGUCAUCAGUGGAUACCGUUAUUAGUCCUACGUCUCCUGGCAACCUCCCCCAGCCAGAAUCAUUUAGCCCGCCUUCUUCGAUCAGCAACAUUGCCUUUUAUAACAAAACCAACAAUGCACAGAACGGCCAUUUGCUAGAGGAAGACUAUUACAGCCCCCAUGGGAUGCUAGCUAAUGGGUCCCGGGGAGACCUCUUGGAGAGAGUCACCCAAGCCUCCUCCUAUCCAGAUGUUAAGGUGGCUAGGACACUGCCUGUUGCACAGGCCUACCAGGACAACCUGUACAGGCAGCUCUCCAGGGACUCUAGACAAGGGCAGACAUCCCCAAUCAAACCAAAGAGACCAUUUGUGGAGUCUAAUGUGUAAAAGACGCUUGUUGGAGUAAGACCCUUAUGUUUUCAGCACACACUUUCAAGCUUGAUUUCCAUGCAUAUUCUUAUUUUUAUUUCUCUUUGGUAGCUACAUGACCAAGUUUCUCCGGUACUUUCUGUGUGGUGGUCAGACAGCCAUGCACGUGCUCCAGCCCUUUUGUUACCCAGCUGACUGUGAAGCCAACAUCAGACGAGCCAGUACCAUUUGCCCAAUUCAGACCAAGUUCCCUCACAGUUUUCAGCUGUCAACCAGGAUAUUUUAGUACAUGGUGUGGGGUAGGCGAGAAACAUCCCCUACGCAGUGGGAGGUAACCAGCUCCUUUCAAGAGACAAUCACGUUCGCUUUAAAUUAGUUUCUUUUGUCUCAAUGAGCUCUUACACAAUUCCGAUGAAAAUUCCUGGUGGGAAUAGAGCAGGGAUCGCAGGAGCCUUUUCAGAGGUUGGAUCUGCAGGUUCCCCGUGCCACUCGCUUUGCCCAGUAAGAGCUAAUUACCCCCAGGGAGCAGGGCAUGAUCUGUUUUUAAUACGAAGUAGCUAUGCACAAUAACCCUCCUGCUUGGUCUGGCUGGUAGGAUUUUAAUCUGAAUUGUAGCUGUUCAUGCGUUAGCGGUGUCAUCUGCCAGAAGGGGUGGGGAUCACAGGAUGCUUUGCUACUUUGCGAGCUACGUUCCAAGUGCCCCAGCGCGGAUUUACUCUGGGGCGUUUUACGAGUUUUCGGAGGGAUUGAAGUUGGCCCUUCGUGUGCAUAUUGAGCAGCCAAGGGAUUUGGCUAGAAAAGUCUCGUGCGUUCUGUGAACUGGGAUCGCAACAGCUGCUUCUUCACACCGUUAGCAGAUGACUGCACCUCACACGCACCACCACGCUUUCACCAGGACGGUUUAAUGUUGGGGUUUUCGUUCGUUUUUUUUGCUCACAAGGAAAGAAAAAAAAAAUCCGAAUAGGAAAUCGUAUUCAAGGAGGAAAACUGCAGCUUUUUUGUUGGUGGCAGGUUUUUUUUUGGAUGGGGAUGCGUAACGCGAGAGGAGGCAGGAUGGGUCCGAGGAGACGCAUUAGCGAGGUCCUCCUGCAACCGCAGCCCCGCGGCAUCACGUCCCUCCUGCUCGCGCCCGCUCCCGGCCCCCGGGCCGUGGGGGGCCGCGCUCCUCUAAGGGAGGCGGCCGUUUUCUUAGAGCUGCAAGAUCUGCUCCUGUAAUUUGGGAAAGCGAUUGCCGUGUUCCUCACCUGUAAAUGCUAGAGACGAUGUUUUGCUCUUUAAGGACCUGUAGUUAAAAAAGAGAUAUUUAUAAUUUAUUUAUGCAGUCUGUUUCAGGACAUUUUUGGGUUUUUUUGUUUGUUUGUUUUUUUCCUUUUUUUAAGCAAAUGCCAAUCACGUCGAGACAGCGUGAAAAGCAGGGGACACUUCCAAAAACCUUUUUACGGAGUUUUUCCAUUAUUCUCUGGGAUUUUGGGGGGGGGUGACGGGACUGUCUUUACAGAUGCUUCGUUUGUUACUGGUUGCGUUCUGUAAUCUGCCUUUUUCAGUUGCCAAGGGCAAAUGGUCGGAUGCACCGGGGGGGGGAGAGCGUUAAUCCUGUAGCUUGUUUUAAAGCAAAAUAGUGCCUGUUGCCCAACGCUGAGUCCCGUUCAUAUCAACCCUUAAGAGCAGAAGGGGUUUAGUCCCGAGCAGGAGGAUGGUGUUUUCCAGUGUUUCCAAAGGGCUACGCGAAUCUAGCUGUAGAUCAAAAGACUUAGCAAACCGAAUCGAAGGGCCCAGCCUCGGCGAGUGUGAACGAGCAUCUCCCCCGCGGGACUUCAGUGCAGCUACAUCGAUUUACACCAGCUAAGGAUUUGGCCUGAAACUCUGAGCAAACCCUGGCUUUGAGCUUUUUUCCUUUUUUGCGUGCGGCUCGGCGCAUCUCGUCGCAAUCCCGCUGCCUAAUUCGCUCAGACCAAACCGGGACGCGCGUAACCUCGGGACGGCGGCGGUGGCGGCUUGUGUCUCAUAGACACGUUGGAGGUAUUUGGGGGGGCGUUUUGCCUCUGUGGGCUUUGGAGAUUUUCGUGCUCUUUUGGCUCUUUUUUAUAUUUGUCCGUGCCAGUAGUUGCAUUGGGGUCGGCGUUUUCUCUCUCGAGGUGCAACGUGGUUCUGACCCUUCGCUUUUUUGCAGGGAUGUGCGAAGCGGGUGGUAAACUGGAGCCUCCGCGGUGACUUCAGGCCUCAGCGGCUGCGAGGAAGCAGGCAGGUGCAUGCGCUAUUGCUCUUCUCGAAAGGGAUGUGACGGGGGUUUUUUUGCUUCCUCUCUUUUUUAAGUAGCGUGUUCUGCUUUAUGAGGAAUAACUGAUGUCUUCGCCGCCGCGUACAGCGCACCUAGCUAGCCCCUGCCUAUCCGUGGGUCCGGAGCAAUGGUUUCGUUCAAAGCCUCCCAUCCCUCAGCUUUCCCGAACGAGUGAGUGGACUUUCCACCUUUAGUUGCUUCUUUGAAAGGCAAAAAUAACCCAAUUUGCCCCGGUCCUAUUUUAUAAGGUUAAGUGAGACAGGCCGCGGCCGCAAGGCGUAGAUGCAGGCGGGAUGAGCCUUGUCAAGGAGAGCACCGCGGUAAGAGCUGCCUGGGCUUGGCUUUGCUCCUCGCCGCCCUGCAGACACGUCCCCUGGCAGCAGCUUUGGGCUUGGGAAGGUGUCCGAAGGGAAAACCGCAGAACAGCUCACGCUUUAACGCAGAUGCCGAGAUGAAGCAGCGCUUAACUACUGCGGCGUGCAGGGUUUUCACGCUACCACGUGUCGCAUUUUCACGGGAUUCUUGCACUAAUGGUUUACCAUCUGUUCUCUCUGUAAAUGGGUGCACUUUACUGUUUGGAUUUGUUACUAUGAUAAAUACUGGAUAUUUAAGCGUGAGUAGUGUCUUCAUUAGAAAAUAGCAAAACAGCUCUUGUCUCUUAGUGUAUUUUUCAAAAAAAAGAAGAAAAAAAGAAAAGAAACGAAGCAAUGAACCAUAACAUUUAUAGCACAAGAACUGACUCUUGUAUAUAAGCAUCAGCAGAUUGAGUAAUUUUUAAAUACAGGAUUAUUUGCAGUGAUUUUGAAGCGCUUCCCCAGCAAUUUUCUUAGGGACAGCUGAGGCCCCGUGGUUACGGUUGUCACCGGCUCGGCAAGGAAGGCCCCUCUCCCUCGCAAAGCCGCCCUUCGAACCAGCCUGCGCGUCCUCCGGGGCACGGUUAGCGUUUGGCAUGGCCGGGAAAAAAUAAAGCAGAGGUCGCUUGGUGUUUGCUGUCGCGUGUAGCCCGAUGGUGAUGUGUGCUGUUGCGCUCGAUGGAGCCAGAGACCGAUUUCGCUUAGCGGCUUGGCCGCGCGGGACGGGUUGCAGCCGGCAGGUCCACGCGUAGCCUCGCGGCAGAGCUAAGAUUCGGGACGCGGCUGCCAGUGCCUCCGUCCCCGCCGCGGCGCUGCAGCUGGCGAACCCCCGUUUUGCUCGCUGCUAGGAGGAAACCCGACUCUCGAUAACCUUGAAACCCUCCUACCCCGAAUUUGGUUGUCGGGACCGGUGCGGCGGGCGAUGCCUGGGCAGAUACCUGUAUUUAAGCGAAGCACCCAGCAGAUGUCCCUCGCACUCUGCUCGGUGGCGUUGGCCGGGCAAAGCCGGACCCUCUCCGCCAGCCUCGGGCAUCGGUGUCUGCCGCGGUGGCGUCGCCCGUUCCUCCUUUCUUUCCCGGGCUGGAAGGACCCCCCAGGCCCGGGAGAGCGGAGGCGGCUCGGCGUGCGGCUCCGUCCCUUCCCGGCCAGGUCAGGAAUGGCAUUGACGGGCUUUGAAAAGGGUUUUCGUGGCUGCUGAAGCGCUUAGGCGAGGCAGGGCUCUGGGGGGGGAGCCCUCAGCGGGGGUCUCCCGCGGAGCCGGGCGGCUGCUGCCUGCACGUGGGUUCAUCUGAGCACCAACCUUUUUUUCCCCCCUUUUUUUUCUUUCAUGGCUGUAAAGAAAACUGCUUAGCUAGUGCAACCAUCGCUGCGCGCCUCUAAACAACCGCCGAAGCCAUAGCUGGGUGAGGUCCCGCACCAGGGUGGCUACCAAAUUUUGCCGUGAUUCAGUCCCCCCAGUACAAAGAUUAUUCAGGGUAGAGCCAGGAGAAGUGGAGCUCAAACCGAAGUGCCAGCUACGCCUUAUCUAGAGGAGCCCGCCGCCGCGGCGGGUCCUCGGGCUCCGCCGCACGCUCUGCGGCUCCCGCUUGGAUUUGGCCUUGGGGAAGCGGAGCAGCUCGUCUCCCGGGAUUCGCGUUGAAACAAGGGCUUAGGGCGAGAGCUGCUGCCCCCGGCACGCGAGCCGCGGCCGCCGGGGCACGCUUGGACACAAGCACAACGGUGGAGGUCGGUCUGCUUUUUCUCCGCGUCGUUUGGACACCGGCUGGAUUUUGCGUUCGAUCAAACUCUUUUUCUAACACAAACCACUAAGGGCUCAAUCAUUUAGCACGAUCCGUUCGCGUCCCGGCUCCCGCCCGCGGCUGCAUCUCGCCGGAACCGCUGCCGAUCUCCCCGAGGGAAAACGCGGAGCCCAACGCGCUCGCCGCAGCGGACGGACGCCCAGCACGCCCGCCGUAUCCUUUCCGCCCGCCCGUCUCGUAGCUGUCGCGGUCCCCGGGAGCCGGCGGGGCGAGGGCGGCUCGGCGAGGACUCUGGCCGCGGGGCUCGGGGCGGCCGGGGGCGCGGGGGGAGAAGCCUCAGGCCCAGGGCGGUCGGUCCCUUACCCUCAGCCCGCCUCGAUGUGCACUGAUCCGCCGGGCACCGUUAGCGAGCUCAGAGCAGCACCGUGUGCGUUAAGUCCAUUUCGUUAAUACACCGCUGACUCAAGAGCCGGCCGUGGACUCUUCCAGCGCUGCAGGUGUCAUUUCUGUCGAGCGUUUUCUUUCCCAUAGUGUCACAUAACGGCGUUUUGUCUCUGUUCUGUCUUCACGUCCGCGAGGAUCCGAGUCAGUGCAAAUAUGUACAGCAUAUCCACUCUGUGCUUUGUACUAUUCCCCGGUUGCCAUCCUUCAAGACACUUGCUGGGAAGACCUUUGAGACACUUAAUUUUCCUUUAGCUUUUCUAUAAUUCCGAUGUAAAGGACUUUCUCUGUACAGUAUAUUAUCCAAUGCAUGUUCUGUUCUCUCUACUGAUAUAUCGAACACCACACAGUCGUGACGUUGCGCAGCGGGAGGAGCAACCCCUGCACCCAGCGGAGGCCUUCGCCUCUCACGUAUAAGGAAAGAAGACAACAUAUUUUUUCCUUUGCUGUAUUUGCUUGAGCAGAGUUUUCUUGUCUGUACAUGUGAGCUGUGAGAUAGAUGUGAAAAGUUCCAAAAGAAUGCAUUUCCCCCCACCCCCCUGUAUACAGAUUGUAAUCUGUACAAUGAAAACUGUAUGUAUGAAAAAAUGUACUUAUUUAUAAAUGGUUAACACUUGGGAA